GUUGGCAUGACAACAUUUUUCAUUUUAGGGCAAAAAAGCCAAAAUGUCUGGUUCCGCAUAACCCUUUUCUAGUCGGGAUCUUUCCAGGGUUAUGAGAUCGAAGAUCUUCAUAUCAUAUUUCUUAUACCAAAAUUUCAUUUGCUCUGUUUUGGCAGCUUUUGUUAAAAGCUACUGAGAACCCUUGCAGGAAAAUAAAAAGAGAGAGGGCCACUAUAUAAAGAAGGGUAAAAGGUGAAUGGUUUAAAAAAACCUUCCUUUCUAAGCAUGGGUACCUCUUUACUCUUUUUCUUUUCAGCUUAAAACACACUCUGUCAUCCAUGUUAUGGACCACCUUUCGCACGAGGACACCUACCUUGGCCUGACAUAUGAGCAAUUCAUCAGCUUACGCACCGCCGCAGUCGCAUGCUCCUCCUUAUCCCUGUUUGCAUCCUUCAUCACCUCGGUCACUUAUGUCUGUCUCCGUCUCAUCUAUCGAUCACGAGCCGACCGCGUCUCGCUUCGCUGUGUGUGGGUUGCCAGCUUUGCCAACGUGGUUGUGGCCAUAUUGAACAUCGCCGUCGUUGCGAUCGACGAUGCUUCACGCUUUUGUCUUUCUUCUGGUGUCGCCCUGCAGUUUUUUGGCAUACUCGGCACCGGGUUCUUGACCAUCGUCGGCAUCAACUUGCUCAUUGUCUUUGUCUUGAACUUCAACAGGACAAGCAAACGUCGUCUCCAGCUUUUUUAUUUUUCGUUUAUUCUGCUUUACUGCUUGUGUUCCAUCGUGUUUCCCACCUAUGUGGCACAACACCCGUGUGUUAGCGCCGGGGGCCAUUCCUCUUGCUGGUUUAAUAUAUUUUAUGAAAGCAGUCGAUGUGGAGACGCUGUUUGGAUUGACCACUAUUCCUUUCUUAUGUUCCUCGUUGUUAUUGCCUUUGGUUGCUCAGUCAUAGCAACGAUCAAGUUGGUGCGAGAACAGCAUACCAAGUUUGGCAAAAUCCUCAGACGCGAGCCCGUUCAGCGAAGACAUCAAUCUGCAAUCAUUGCCCGUGUAUUAUUGCGUUGUAUCUUAUAUCCACUUAUACCGUUCAUUGCUAAUAUAUGGGGCUUUAUCGCUCAGUUACUGGUGUUCCGGAACAACAGAAAGUCGUCUUACGAGCUGGCCAUGUUUGGAACUGUCUUUAGCUGCUUGGAAGGCGUGUAUAUUACAAUCGUAUUCUUUACAGAUCCUACCGUCACUCAUAUACUGUCUGAGGAAUACAAAAAGCGAUAUCAAUACUAUGUGAAUGAAUAUCAAUGUCUCAAGGUCGUCAAACUGCAUGACGCUAACGAUGCGAAUAGCAGCAGUAACCGAGUUCUUCUUGACGCAUUGAUAAGCAAUUGCACUAUUUGCCAACAGCAAGAAACAGCGACGACAACGACAACAUUGUCAGUAGAGCAAGAUGAUUACGAUAUAACAGAUCAACAACAACAACAACAAGUACAGGAGCAACAGCCGCAAGAAAUGAACAGACGAGAAAAAUCCUUGUUUCAACCACAACAACAGCAGUUGCCACUACAACCAAACGAUUUCCGAAUGAUACCCGUACGUUGUGUUAAUAUCCCUCCAUGUAUUUUGCAAAGCACGAGUCCAUCCGCUGCUUCUCGCGCCACAUACAGCACAUGCCCGAGUCCCGCCCUCGACGCAAGCUUUAUAUAUCGACUUUCCGCAACAGACGCACAUCGACUCGAACGUAAAGAUAGAAAAGGCGGCGGUGGUGGUCCACCAAGCAGUCCGAUCAUCACGUAUGACCAUCCGGACACAACAAAGGCCUAUAUACCGUACCGCCAUCCCCAAUUCGCAUCCUUUAUGCAUUGGUUGCUUUCUCUCAUUAACAAAGAGAAACAAGACAACGGUGAUGAUGGUCCUUCCAUGUCUGGAGCGUUGCGAACUGGCGAUGAUGAUGAUGAUGAUGAUGAUGAUUCAGACCAUCAACAACAACAGUCAGUCGCUAUCCAUAUUCCUCAUGACGACAACAGAAGAACUCUUUCAGAAACCGGACAAAGUCCACCUCCUAGUGGCGAACACACACUUUUAGCUCCUUUGACCUCACCCCUUAGCACUACAUCAACAUCCUUCUCCUCUAGCCAACUGUAGUAGUGUGCUGUUCCCACCUCUCUCUACUGUUUCACAAUAUGACUGAUUAUACCCACAACGUUUUCCACAACAGAAUAAAAAU